CGUUAAGUCCUUUACAGCAUCAGUUACUGCGUUUGGCUGCAUCAGUUAGACAUUCAGGAAGUCACUGAGGGUAACUAGUACCGUAACAGGUGGAAAGAAAAUGUAGACACUCGACGGACGCAUAAUAAUUAUUUUUCAUUGUUUUAUAUCUGCGUGGGAACGACAUUUAUAAACUUCACAAAGUACUUUAUGCUAGCUAGUUAGCAAAGCUAUCGCGACGUCUUAACGUUAACGCCUGUCAACUUCUACCAGCUACCUAAUCUGCGACCUGACAGUUUAUCGAAAUGGAGGAGUACCGUCGCUCUCCUCGCUCGUCUCGAUGAAUAUUUUACACACAGAGGUGUCGGAUUUAUUCAGCUGACUAAACUUUAUUGAAGGCUCCUUUUUGGUUGUUGUUUUUUUCCACUGGCAACAGCAAACUGCUGAAGGCGGACAUAAACAAUGUUUUCUGUCAAACCCAUGAAACCAACCUUCAAGAGUUAUCUUCCUCCUGUACAGACUGAUGUGAAGAAAACUUUUGAACCACCUAUUAAAAAGUUGGAGCCCAAGUUACUUCAAGGGGAGAUUGUAGUUAAUGAGGUGAACUUUGUGAGGAAAUGCAUCAGCGCUGAGAGCAGCCAGGACGACCUUUGGGGGAAGUUGAUCUGCACCAACUUUAAGGUCUCCUUCAUCCCUCAAGAUGCCUCUGCUAAACAGAAGUCCCAGCUGUCCCACCUCCUGCUUGGAGAUCACGACAUACCCCUCACCUGCCUGGAGCAAGUAGUAACAGUCAAUGACACAAAAGGGAAGAAGAAAGUAUUGGGAUCAAACCAGAAGCUGAAAUUUAACCCGACGGAGCUCAUCCUCUAUUGCAAAGACCUGCGCAUCAUACGAUUCUGCUUUGGUGAGGCUGGGCCCGAGGGUGCCAAAAAGGUUUGCCUUGCUAUUGCCCACUAUUCCCACCCAGCUGAUCUUCAACUGCUGUUUGGUUUUGAGUACCAAGGUCGGCGCUAUCAUGAGUCUAAAGGGGAGCGAGUCAAUGGUUCCGCCCCACGAGAAGGAUUACGGACCCCCAUAUUUGACCGUCCGUCAGACCUGGAUCGGGAGAUCAAGAGAACAGGAGCAUCAGAGUGGAGAGUGUGCUCCAUCAACGAGGGCUUUGCCAUCUCACAAAGUCUCCCAGAGUACAUUGUGGUCCCGGUCUCUCUGGCAGAUCAGGAUCUAAAGCAGUACUCUAUAUUCUUCACUGACCAGCGCAUCCCUCUCUGGUGCUGGAACCACCCAAAUGGAAGUGCUCUGGUCCGCAUGGCCAUCAUAAAUGAUCCACCGCAGCAGAGGAGGAUUGAUCAGAAGGUCUUCACUGCCAUCACAAAAAGCCACCCACAGCGCAGUGAGGUCAUCAGGUCAGAUCUGGACAAGUGUUUGCCCAACAUCCAGGACAUCCAGAGUGCUUUUUUUAAAGUCAGGCAGAUCUGCGUCAUAGAUCAUUUUGAGGAGUCGGACGAGAGGUGGCUCUCCUCUAUUGAAAACUCACGAUGGCUGGAGUAUGUCAGGGCUUUCCUGAAGCAUUCAGCAGAGAUUGUGUACCAGCUGGAUGGAAAGAAUUGCUCAGUCAUUCUUCAAGAGGAGGAAGACAGAGACCUGAACUGUGUAGUGUCCUCCCUGGUGCAGCUCAUGUUGGACCCUCACUAUCGCAGCAUCGUUGGCUUUCAGAGUUUGGUGCAGAAGGAAUGGGUGAUGGCGGGCCAUCGCUUCUUGGACAGAUGCAACCACUUAAAGAAGAACGACAAAGAGGAGUCCCCGCUGUUUUUGCUGUUCCUGGACUGCGUGUCGCAGAUGAUGAACCAGUACCCGGCAGCGUUCGAGUUCACAGAGUCCUAUCUGACAGUCCUGAGUGAUAGCAUGUGGAUCCCCCUCUUCAGUACUUUCCUCUUCAAUUCUUCCAAACAGCAAGCUAAGCAUUUGAUGGACUUUGCCAAGAAUAAAGCCAUCCCUCAAGGAGAAGACCAGGUCGUGUAUUUCCCUCCGGUGUGGGACUGGUCGCAGCAGUUCUCCCCUAAAGACCAAACCCUCUUCAACAACCCCAUGUACGUAGGCAAAGGAGCGGCCUGUGUUCAGAAUGGAGAAGUGAAAACCUUCAGGCGCACAAAGAAAGCAUACAGCCACACACUGCGAGGGAUGUCUGCGUCUAUGCGUAAUGGGAUGAAGGUUGGGGAGGACACAUUGACCCGACGGGGCUCCCUGGUGUCGGAGCUGAGGCCUGAUUUCUCACCCGUUAAAGACGAAAGCCCGUCGGAGCGCUUCUUCAGAGACUGGUUCUCUCGCCCGGCGGACCAGCAGGGCCUCCUGAUCCCACUGCUCUUGCCCUCACACCUCACUCUCUGGAAGCUCUACUUCCUACGCUGGGUUCCUGAAGCCUGCAUCCCCAAAGGAGGCCCCAUCACCGCCUACCGCAAGCUCUCCCAACUGGUCGAUGAAAUUGAGAUUCUACAGAGCCAGCUCAGGCAGUAUAAAGGACGCAGUCCCGGCAACGUGCCACUCCCCAGCUCUACUGGGCCCCUCUCAGACCAAAGGAGGAUGUAUUUUAAGGCUAGUUCCCCACAUGACCCCCCUUCACCUUCCGACAUCCUUACCUCCUCCUUUCCUUUCUCUCCAACUGGAAACCUGUGUCGCGGCGGUAACCAUGGGACACCCAUUAGCAAAUUUCUGAAUGGGGCGAGGAUCUGGCUCUCUACGGAGACUCUUAAUGACACUGUCUGAAGAAGGAGGUGGUUAUAGGCUCCCUUUUCUGAGCUCAGUACAGGUUUGUGUAACAAUGAACCUUCUUAUUUUCUUUGACCUCUUUCUUUAAUUCCAAGAAGGAAAAUGGAAAAAAUGAACUUUGGAUUUCUGAUAUUUUAAUUAUUUAUAAGCUAUAAAGGAGCACCAUUGAUGCUGCAUUGAAAUCUGAGGUCCUUUCUAACUGAAGCGCCCUCUAUAGGACUGAAUCACUAAUCACCAUUACAGUUGAGGAAUGAGAUUUUCUAAAGCACAUCCUCCUUAUUGGCCAAGGAGUUUCUAUUGUGAGGUCACCGGAAUAUGAAAGAUUGUAAUACCCGUUUUAUACUAGAAUCAUUUUUUUGUAUCUACUUCAGGUCUCUCCGUUGGAUAACGGCUCUUUUCUGUUGAGCGUAUGUGUGACCCAAAUAAAGAGUGCUCCUGGAGAUGUUUAUAUCGAGUUUAGAGCUUCAUCCCCGAGAUGUACCUGUUUUUAAAUGGUGAUUUUAAAGCAGUCAUCAAAUAUGUCUCGUUCAUGUGAAGCAGUGCCAUCAGCUUUACCCUUUGACAAAUUCUCUUGGUCGAUAUGAAACCCCCUCUGUUAUGGAGUUGAAAAAUAUAAUCCAUAUAAAAAAUGCCUGUUUUUACUGCAGCAUUAAUGAUGCAUCUCACUGAACACUGAUUUCCGAGUAAUCCAUUUGUUUUUACCUUCCAGGAAAUAUAAUUGACAAUAAAUAUUUUAGAAAGAGGAACAGAAAAUAACACUUCUAAAUAUAUUUGUUUGUGUUAAAAACAAAGAGGAUCUGGCCUGGCUGAAUGUAAUGGGGCAAUUAUUUUCUCUUUUUUUCUUUGCACAAGCUUAAUGCUACUUGCUCCAAGUGCCCAUACGUUAAUGGUUAUAUUGAAAGUUUCACUCUACGCAGCAAAUAGUGUGAUUUCAGGGUCUUGCUUUGUAGAUAUACUCUAUUUUUGAAGCAGAGAAAAGGGCCUGUACUUUCAGUAUCAUAAAGCAGGUGAUAUUCAGAGGGCAAAGUGGACAUGUGAGGACUUCCAAUCUGUGGUAGAUAUUUCCUCUUCUCUUUCUGAAGGGGUUUUAUUAAACUUUUAUACAGGCCUUCUGGUAAGGCUCUAAUUAUUAGUAGAAAAAAGCAGUUCAUAAUAACAGUACCUGUAUGGGUAAAUAUUUUACGCAAAAGGACAGACAAGGGCUCUGACUCAAAGCGGUCCCUAGUUUAGAUGAAGUUAAUGUUGGCACUGAUCCAAUUAACCAGACAGUGAUUGGUUGAUGACGAGUGACAAGAAAAUAUAAGCAAAAAGCACCUGGAUAGCAAUAUGUGAUAUUUUGUCAACCGACUACAGUCACACGGGCUGUUUAAGGAAAGCCUGAUGUUUGUACAAAGGGAAAGGCUAAACAUACUGUAUGUAGCUAUAACAAUAACAUGUGUUUUGUUUUGUGUCUUGUUUUCUUUCCAGAUUAUCCUUCUCUGGUUAUAGGAAUAAUUUAAUAAAGUACAAGCAGUGGUUCUGUACUUUCAGGCUAGUGAUGGCAAGGUUGGUAAGUUAAGACGUUCACAGGUUUAUAUGAGAUAUUUUCGAGCAAGUUAAAGUGCACUGCAAAGACUUUGUCAUUUGGAGAUCCUUUAAAAAAAGUGUCUGCUUAACUAGAGAGGGGUUGAGAUGAACUAGGGCAAAUGGAUCAGUCAUCCAGAUUCGAUUUAAACUAGGGAGGAGUUAGCACUGUGUAAUAUAUAAUGUCUUAAAAUAACAGUACAGCAUUUCAAAUAUAAUAUAUAUAUAUAUAUAUAUAUAUAUUUUACAACUGUCUUAACAUCUGUCCUACAACACAGUAGCAUCCAUCCUUAAAUGCUAGAUUGACUAAUUUCCAAUAAUAUUCAACUAAACGCGAUUCUAUAGCAAUAACUAACUAGUUCAGGUGGGAUUUUUUUUUUUAUAUAAAGAAGUGUGUAUAGAAGUGAACCUGCUCUCCCAAAUGCUAGUAAUUGCACAUUUCACUCAAUAUAUUGCAGAUAUUAUUAAUACUGUAUUGAAAUCUCCCAAUUAAUAUCUUUGAUUAAUGGUACUAGAUUACUUUUAUCCUAGAUUCAGUCUUUAUGUUUUCUGGACAGAGAUAUUGAUAUGCUAUGAUCUUCCACUAUCUCACCAUGUUGCACUCUGCUGUAAUUGCAUGAAGACUGCUCCCACAGUUUGAUAUUGAUGAGCAGCAGAUGUAUUUAUUCAGAUAUGCAAAUGCUCUCAAAGAAGAAUGCAAGGGCUACUGUACACCCCCCUGUGCCUUGUUAGGAAGAUUCAACAUUUUUGUAACUAUAUUCUAAAUAUAUUGACCUGUUUUAGUUUUUCUAAAACUGUCGAGUUAUCAAUUCUGUAAAUCUAGUAAAUUCACUGGUAAUGCACUGAGGCUUUUUCUCCUGACCAAGAAUAGGGCUUGAAUGUGUACCAGUAACAAAUCAUUACAAUGUUUUUCAAAUGAA